GGUGGUGGGCGGAAAUUGCCGAGAAGCCGCGGGAGUGAGCUUAAUUUAAGCGCCGCGUCCGUCCCUCAAAGAGGCGGAAAUGAGCGAAGCAGCACCGGAAGCCAAGCUAGAGCUGUGCGCGCUCGCGGGCAGCACGCAGCGCCAGUUGCCAUGGAGCCGCCGGGGCCCUGUGGUUUCUGCCCGGCGGGGGAGGCCCAGUCAGCGCGCUACACCUGCCCCCGCUGUAAUGUGCCCUACUGUUCGUUGCGCUGCUACCGGGCGCAUGGCACUUGCGCCGAAAAUUUCUACCGUGACCAGGUGCUGGGAGAGCUCCGCGGCCGCAGCGCCUCGCCCAGCCGUCUGGCAAGUGCCCUGCGCCGGCUGCGUCAGCAACGCGAGACCGAGGACGAGCCCGUGGAAGCAGGCCUCAGCCCUGGCCCGGCGCCUGGCUGCCUCUCAGGACUCUGGGAGCGGCUGACACCAGUCGAAAAAGCGACUUUCGAGCGCUUGCUGAGCCGCGGCGAAGCCGGGCGGUUACUACCUCCGUGGCAGCCGUGGUGGUGGGGCCGCAGGAAUGAACCGUGGCUUCUGGAGGAGCUGGAUGAUAUCUCAGGUAGUGAUGCCUCAGAACCGGAGCCCGUCCCUGCGAGAACCCCACCAGAAUCGGUGAAAGAUAAUGCCAACGCAGAGUCCGUGGCCAAUGAGCGGGUUUUUGGAGUCGUCUUCGGAGCCUGCCCGCCCGCUGUGCCCGCCCGCAUCCCCGCGCUGGCCAGCCUAAGCCGCGGUCCCCUCUCUCCGCUAGUGCGCUUCCAGCUGCCCAACGUGCUGUUCGCAUACGCGCACGCGCUAGCCCUGUAUCAUGGCGGUGACGACGCGCUGCUGUCUGAGUUCUGUGCUACUCUGCUGGGCGUUUCUGGAGCCCUGGGCGCCCAGCAAGUCUUCACCUGUGCGGAGGAAGCUCUAGAGGCCGCAGCCCACGUACUGGAAGCGGGCGAGCACCCGCCUGGGCCUCUGGGUAUGCGCGGUGCUAUGCAAGAGGCCGCCCGCAUUUUGCAGGGAGAGGGUCGGGCCAACCAAAAGGACUACACGCUGGCAGCACUAGGGCACCUGGCGCAGACCCUGGGCCGGGCCCGGAAACUAGCCAUGGACAGGGAGGAGCGAGACCGCCUCUACCGGGCCCGGAAGAAGUGCCAGUUCCUGCUGGCCUGGACCAACGAAAAUGAGGCAGCCCUCACACCUCUGGCUGUAGACUGCGCCAGGGCCCACAGAACCCAUGCUGUGGCAGCAGAGGAGGUGGCAGCCCUCACUGGAGAGCUAGAACGGCUCUGGGGAGGCUCCAUGCCACCUACCCCAAAGACCCUCAUUGAGGAGCUCCCUGGGUAAACUGGGGACUUUUGUCAUUAAUAAAGUUGUGACUGGUCUGCCCUG